UCCAGGCGCUCUUCGGGUCCCCUGACCAGCCUUCCUCUCGUUAAAUCGGUCACCCGGGAAAGAAGGCAGUUGUCCCUACAACGUGCUGCUCGCUAGGCCGUUCGCACCGAGCAGGGGGUCGCGCUCAGUCCCUUUGUGUGUGCCCCACAGCCCCGUUCCGCUACAGGCGACGAGACUCGGGGCGCCAUGGCCCGGGGCCGCCGCGGCCUGGCGGGGGUGAGGCCGCCGUUCGCAGCCCGCGCACUCCGGUGGCCUCUGCGCCCGCCGGCGCCGCUCGCGGUCUGAACCCACCCUCCCCGCGCCCGCGGGCCGCCUCGUGCGGUCUUCAUGGCCUCCGAGGACCCGUCCCCGCCGCCGCCGCCCUCGCCGUCGCCGCCCGCCUCCCCCGAGCCCGAACUGGCCCAGUUGCGGCGGAAGGUGGAGAAAUUGGAACGCGAGCUACGGAGCUGCAAGCGGCAGGUGCGGGAGAUCGAGAGGCUGCUGCACCACACGGAGCGGCUGUACCAGAGCGCCGAGAGCAGCAACCAUGAGCUCCGCACGCAGGUGGAAGAACUCAGUAAAAUACUACAUUGUGGCAGAAAUGAAGAUAACAAAAAGCUUGAUGUAGAAGUACAAACAGAGAAUCACCUUCCUUGGUCAAGUUCAGAUUAUUAUUACCAGACCUACUAUAAUGAUGACAAUCUUCCAAAUAAAGAGAAUGAACUCUCUGUUCAGCAGUGUCAGUAUGUUGAAGCUCCUUCUCUUAAUUCUGAAGACCAGGCACAAAUAGAAAAUGCUUAUACUAGUACUGAUUUAACAGAAAAUGUCAGAUGUGGACAGGAGGAUCAUUUUACCUCCAACUCACAGGAGUCAGCAUCUGCAUUAGCAACAGAAGGAGAUGGUACAUCCUUAGAAGGUUCAUCACUAGCUGAAAGUUUGAGAGCUGCAGCAGAAGCUGCUGUAUCACAGACUGGUUUUACUUAUGAUGAAACUACUGGACUAUAUUUUGAUCACAGCACUGGUUUCUAUUACGAUUCUGAAAAUCAACUAUAUUAUGAUCCUUCUACUGGAAUUUAUUACUACUGUGAUGUGGAAAGUGGCCGAUACCAAUUUCAUUCUCGUGUAGAUUUGCAGCCUUAUCAGACUUCUAGCACAAAGCAAAAUAAAGAUAGAAAACUGAAGAAGAAAAGAAAGGAUCCAGAUUCUUCUACAACAAAUGAGGAAAAGGAUUUGAAUUCAGAUCAAAAGUCCUCUAGUGUUGAAUAUAUGAACUACAGUGAGGCAGAAAAUUGUGCAAGUGGGAAAAAGAAGGCCAAAGUAGACUGCCAUUACAAAAAUAUUUCCCCUAAAUUCACCAUUGCAAUUAGUGAAAACUCUUUAGAAUCUCCUCUAAAAGAGAAGAUUCCUAAUUCAACUUCAUUUAAAGAUGAAAAAAUCAUAGAAAGUGACAGUGAGCCAGAAGAAGGUGAAAUCACAGAUUCCCAGACUGAGGACAGUUGUAACGAAGAUGAAAGCAGUGAAGACAAUGGAGCUACAGAAGAAAUGGAGGAGGAAGAUGCAGAAAAAAUUUGGCCUCCAUGUAUUAGAGUAAUUGUUAUUAGAUCACCAGUGCUGCAGACAGGAUCACUUUUUAUCAUUACAGCUGUAAACCCUGCUACAAUUGGAAGAGAAAAAGAUAUGGAGCAUACUCUCCGAAUCCCUGAAGUGGGUGUCAGUAAGUUUCACGCAGAAGUUUAUUUCGACCAUGACUUACAAAGUUAUGUCCUUGUGGAUCAAGGCAGUCAAAAUGGCACAAUUGUUAAUGGAAAACAGAUUAUUCAGCCCAAAACAAAAUCUGAUCCUUACGUACUUGAACAUGGAGAUGAAGUGAAAAUCGGAGAAACUGUACUUUCCUUCCAUAUCCAUCCUGGCAGCGAGACCUGUGACGGCUGUGAGCCAGGGCAGGUUAGAGCUCACCUUCGCCUUGAUAAGAAAGAUGAGUCUUUUGUUGGCCCAGCAUUAAGUAAAGAGGAAAAAGAAUUAGAAAGAAGAAAAGAAUUAAAAAAAAUACGAGUAAAAUAUGGUUUGCAGAACAUAGACUAUGAAGAUGAAAAGGCCUUGAAGAAUCCAAAAUAUAAAGACAGGGCUGGAAAACGCCGGGAGCAGGUGGGAAGUGAAGGGACUUUCCAUAGAGAUGAUGCACCAGCAUCUGUUCAUUCAGAAAUUACUGAUAGUAACAAAGGUCGGAAGAUGUUGGAGAAGAUGGGUUGGAAGAAAGGAGAGGGCCUUGGAAAGGAUGGUGGAGGAAUGAAAACUCCGAUCCAGCUUCAGCUUCGGCGAACACAUGCGGGCUUGGGGAUAGGCAAACCAUCUUCAAUUGAUGAUGUUCAUCCUCUCCAAAACAAGAACAAAAAAAACUGGGACAAAGCUCGAGAACGGUUUGCUGAAAAUUUCCCAGAAACUAAACCAUCAAAAGAUGCAACAGGGACCAUGCCUUGGGUAAAAGGAACUGUGGAAUGAAGGUUUAUCAUGGAGUAUAGUUCACACCUUUAAAAAGUUUGGAAAUUUCUAUUGCAAAAACUUUUCUCCCCAGGAGUCAGAGAGAUGAGGAAAUGUAUUACAAUUAACCUCUCAUGAUUCAGAAAUUUAUAAUAAAGUAUGGUUUGCAGCUUUUAGAAACUUUUUUAUUUUGUUUUAAAUUUUACUUUCUUUUUUUGUGCUAGUGUGGAGCUUGAGCUCAGGGCCUCAUGCUAUCACUUUGGUUUUCAUUUAAGGCUGGUGCUUUUCCACUUGAGUCACACCUCCAUUUCUUUUUUCUCCAGAAAAGAGUCUCUUGGGCAUUUCUUCCCAAGGCUGGCUUCAACUAUAAUUCUCAGAUCUCAGCCUUCUGAGAACCUAGGAAGUGAGUAGCUCACAGGGGUGCCCAGAAAAAACUUUUUAAAAGUAAUAAAUAUGAACUGAAGAAGUUAUUCACUGAGUAGACUGAAGUUCACAGGGCAUGGUCAAACAGUAUUUUACCUUGAUAUUUACAACACUCUAGAAGAAUUAGCUAUUCAGCAAACUUCCUAUAACCACUAAAGACUUAAAUGUAUGUUUGUCUUUGUCUCCAUGCAGUCAUUGUUAUAAGAUGCACAGCAGAAGAAACAUCAAAAGUGUAUAAAAACUGAUUAUAUGUAUCUUUGUUUAUGCUCAAUAGAACUUAGAUAAAAAUG